ACACCGAUUGCCUAACCAUUUAAGCAAAGAGAAAGAGAAGCCAAGCUAGACAAGACAUCUCUGAUAGUCUCUCCAACACCAACCCCUUUGAAUACUGUAAGCAAGAGACUUUCAUAAGUUGAUUCAAUGCAGCAGAGAAAGAUCACACUUAAUCUCAGCUAGGUAGUUUCUGUAAGAUUCAAUACAAUGAAGUGUUUCUACUAUUUUAAAGAAAAGUCUAGGACCAGGGAACAAAGAUCAGCUCCUGAGCUAAAAGACCAAAGCGGCUCUGAUUAUUCAGGAGCUAGUAGGGUGGUCAAGUCUUCCUGUUCAGCAAAUUCACCGCGCGGUAUACCAGAAUUGUAUGAAGAAAAGGCUCAUAAUUUAAGGGUGUUUACUUUCCAAGAGCUGAGGCAGGCAACAAAUGAUUUCCAUAGGUUACUUAAGAUUGGAGAAGGUGGAUUUGGCAAUGUCUAUAAGGGUUCAAUUAAGCCUGCUGAGUCCAAGGGCGAUCGAGUUGUAGUCGCCAUUAAAAAGCUGAACAACGAUGGCUUACAGGGUCACAAACAAUGGGUAGCAGAAGUUCAAUUUCUAAGUGUUGUGGAGCACCCGAAUCUUGUCAAACUAAUAGGUUACUGUGCUGUGGAUGGAGAAAGAGGAAUUCAAAGACUACUCGUAUACGAAUAUAUGCCAAACAGAAGUUUAGAAGAUCAUAUAUUUAACAGGACAUACCCAACUGUUCCUUGGGAGACAAGAUUACAGAUAAUACUGGGAGCAGCUCAAGGAUUAGCUUAUCUCCAUGAAGGAUUGGAAAUUCAGGUGAUAUAUCGAGAUUUCAAAUGUGCAAAUGUGUUACUGGAUGAGAAUUUCAAACCGAAGCUUUCAGACUUUGGGCUAGCAAGGGAGGGGCCAAUGGUUGGGCAUACUCAUGUGUCAACUGCAGUAGUGGGAACAUAUGGAUAUGCUGCUCCAGAUUACAUUGAGACAGGUCAUCUGACAACUAAGAGUGAUGUCUGGAGCUUUGGUGUGGUGUUGUAUGAAAUUCUGACAGGCAGGCGAUCAUUAGAGAGAAACCGGCCAAGAACAGAACAGAAACUCUUAGAAUGGGUGAAACAGUUUCCUCCUGAUAGCAAAAAGUUUGGCUUGUUGAUGGAUCCUCGACUUGAAAGCAGUUAUUUAAAAAGUGCAGCAAGAAAAAUUGCCAAGUUGGCUAAUAGUUGUCUGUCAAAGAGUGCAAAAGACCGGCCAACAAUGAGUCAGGUAGUAGAGACAUUGAAGCAGAUCAUCCAAGACUCAAAAGAGGCUAACCAAACCGAGAGAAGUCCUGACUCUUUUGAAAAUGACCAAGUUGACACGAAGACAAAGGAGAAUCAGUUCGGGGCCUCAGAGUCGUGGAAAAGAAGAAUGACUCACCUGGCAAAACUAGGAGAGCAUGUGGAGAGUGCUAGUAGAAGAAGAUUCAUGAUAAUGCAGAGGGCAAAGGUUACUUGACACUAAAUCAUCUACCACACUUGUAAUUUUGCUUAAUGGUAGAGUCUAAUGGCUUGUUUUUGAGUAAAAGAACUGGAGCAUGUACUGCAGAAAAGUUUGAAAGGUAUUGCACAAUUAUAAAGUUUGUUCUGCUAGAAUGACUUUUACCUUAUAAUCACCAUUUUUUUUCCUC